ACCUCAAUUCACAGUUCGCACUCGCUUAUUAAGGGAACCACGAAGCUGCGAGGUGAGUCAGUGUGAGGUACACACACCACACCAAAGCCAAAGACAAAACACACGUCUCUGGUCUCUCCGCUUCAAUUCAUUCACAUCAAUCCACCAUUCCUCCUCACACGUACACAGAAGCCUGUACAGCCGUAGCACACUCUAGCUAGCUACAAUGCACACGCCCUUCAUGGACAAGAGCCCGGCCCACCGCCGGGAGAGCGCCGGCGGCCGGCUGAAGCAGCGGCUGGCGAGGAUCCUCACGCGCUCCACCUGCACCACCAACGCCACGUCCGCCACUGCCGCCGCCGCCGGCUCUGGCGGCACGGCGGCCUUCGUCAGCCUCGCCAAGGCCAACACCGACUCCUCCCACCCGCGGGAACCGGAAGCACCGCCAUCCCCGUACUUCUGCACGCCCUGCACCUACGAGUGCCCCAAGGUCGUCGUCGACGGCGGCAGCACCCGUCCGCACCGCCGCCGCAGCCGCAGCCGCAGCGCGUCGCUCAUACACAUCUCUGUGGACUGCACGGGCGGAGCCGGGGCCGUCUCUGGUCGCCGCUCCGUCCACUCCGACGCGCCGCUUCUGCAGCACCUCCUGUCGUCGGUGCCGCCGAGGGACGUCGUCAAGAAGCAAAGCAAGGGCAGGAACAGGAGCAAGCCGCCGGCGCGGUCUCCUUCGGCGUCGAGGCGGCAUUUAUCGUCUUCGUCCUCCUCCUGGGGCCGUGCGCGGCGGCCCAGCAGCACGCCCACGCCGUACAGCUGGUCCUCGUCGUCGUCCUCCACCGCGACGGACGACGAGCUCGCACCGCUCAGCGGCAGCGGCGGCGGCGGCAGCGACGAGGAGGGCGGCGAUGAGGCCGAGACGAGGACGCUCUUCUCGUCCCUCAGCUUCUCGUCCGACUCCACGUCCGAGUUCUACCACACCAUCACCAACGGCGGCGGCAGCACCAGGGCCAGGAGGAGUCAAAGGAACACGAUGACUCGCAGUCGUCGUCGCCGCGCGCCACGGCGUGCGCUGCUGUCGAGAACCGGCGUCGACGACCCGGCGGCACCGCCCGGCGCUUUCCGGCCUCUGGUGGUGUCCGUGGAGACGCAGAAGAAGCACAGGGAAUGCAACAACGAGAGGAACAGGCAGGAAGAGAAUGGUCUCAACGUCGGGAAGCUGAUGAUGAUGGGCGGCGCGGCCGCCGCGGAGGAGACCGCGACCGCCGGCGCGGGCAUGGCCGUGGUGAAGCGUUCCAGCAACCCGUACCUGGACUUCCGUAGCUCGAUGGUGGAGAUGGUGGUGGAGCGGCGCAUCGGCAGCGUGGCGAAGAUGGAAGAGCUCCUGGGGUCGUACCUCUCGCUCAACUCGCCGCGCCACCACCCGGCCAUCCUUGCUGCCUUCGAGGACGUCUGGGAGGCCGUCUUCGGCGAGGAGUGACCGAGUGAGAUCGACAGUGACUCAACUCAAGUGUGAUCAUUCAGAGUACUGUUUGAAAAGCUACGGAUUCCCCGGAGUACAUGCCAAUGCAUAAAUUGGCAUGAUUUGCCACCGUGUGUGUGUGCAGUGGUGCUCAUGUAUGUAACGAGUUUGAUAUACAUGGUGAUGAUAAUUGAGCGCCUGAUGAGUUCUACGAAAGAUUUGGAUUUAUUUCGGCAUGCACAUAAUGCGCUUGUUGUCUUCAUCACCUUAAUCGCAACAGAAAAGCUAUUGCUUGAGUGAUUUGUUUGCCUUCGUCA